ACCGGGACGGGGCCCCGGAAGGAUGGGGAGCGACGGGACGCCCCGCGGCCCCGCACCGGAGGAGGAGGCGGGCGCUCGGCCGCUCUCCGCGCCGCAAACCACGUAGGGGGCGGCCCGCUCCCCGGCUCCCUCUAGGUAUCGCUGUCUCGGGAGGGGAGGGGAGGGGAGGGGGAGGAGGGCUGGCUGUAUUUUCGAUUUUUUUCCCCCUCCUCUCUCUCUUUUCCAGCCAGUGAAGUGUGUGCCCCUUUGAUCCGCUGGUACAGCGCCUGCGGCUGCACACACGCACACGCACACACUCGCCCGCCGGCUAUAAAUAACUUAGGAGCCGGGCAGAGGGCGAGCAGUGCGCGUCUCCCGGCGGCCCGCAGCUGCAGGCACUGCCACCGCCCCGCCGUACCCCCGGGGCGCCGUACCCCCGGGCGCCAUGGCGUGCCUGGAGCGCUGCCGCUGCUGCGCGGACAGCAGGCGGCACAGCAGCAUCCUCUACAACAUCCUCCGGAGCGAGGAACGGGAGGCGUCGCCGGCGGGGCAGGGGCCGAGGCAGGGGCUGGCGUCCCGCGGCUGCCCGUGCGGGACAAGGCGGCGGGUGGCCCUGAGGAGCCCGCAGGUGGCAUGCAAGGCGGCCUCGGCCGUGCUGGUGAAGACGCUGCGCUUCGUCCAGAACGUGCCCUGCUUCCAGGAGCUGCCACUGGAGGAGCAGCUCCUGCUGGUCCGCAGCUGCUGGGCGCCCCUGCUGGUGCUGGGGCUGGCGCAGGACCGGGUGCACUUCGAGACGGUGGAGUGCGCGGAGCCCAGCAUGCUGCAGAGGAUCCUCACCACCCGGCGGCAGGGCGAGCGGCCCCCGCCGCGGGGACCGGCACCGGGCCGGCCGCACCGCGGCCCCGACGGCGGCGGCCCGCACCUGCCCUCGGCCGGCGAGAUUCAGGCCAUCAAGGGCUUCCUGGCCAAGUGCUGGAGCCUGGAUAUCAGCACCAAGGAGUACGCGUACCUCAAGGGGACGGUGCUCUUCAACCCGGACCUACCUGGACUGCAGUGUACACAGUACAUUGAAGGACUGCAGAGGGAAGCACAACAAGCUUUAAAUGAACAUGUCAGACUCAUUCACAGAGGUGAUGAAGCCAGAUUUGCCAAGCUGAAUGUUGUUCUAUCCUUGUUAAGAUCUAUUAAUGCUAAUGUGAUUGCUGAAUUAUUCUUUAAGCCCAUCAUUGGAGCAGUGAACAUGGAUGACAUGCUUUUGGAAAUGCUUUGUGCAAAAUUAUAAAGGCAUGUAAAAUAAUGAAAAUAAGUCCAAUGCAAAGGAAGCCCUAGAGCAGAGUAGUGUAAAGUACUGUAAAUAAACUAACUUAUUGUUUUUACAUAGAUAGUAUUUUUGUAUUCCAUAAUAAAUAUUCUUCAAGUUCUGAAAUUUUUAUUAAACACAGUGGGUUUGGAAUAAGAUUACAGUCAUCAAAACAAGCUUUAAGGUUGUGGAGAACGUUCAUAUUCAAAGUCAACUGGCUAUUCUUUUACCAUGUCUUUGAAUAAAGAUCAUGCUAUGUUGUACUUUCAAGGUGAGUACUCCCUGCUUUUUCAAAAUAAGCAGCAGUCAAGGUUUACAUUUUAAACAUAGCUGCCAUACAGAAAGGGGGAAUGAGCAAGCCAUUUACUUUGCAUAUUUCAGAUAUAUUAGAAUAGGGUACAGUAGCCACAAUUCUGCUCAUACUUGAAAUACUCGCUCUAUCAAAGGUUACUGCAUUCAGUGAACUACCUCUAUUGACUUUAACAGAGUUGAAAUCUAUAAAGAAUAUUAAAGAAAAUAAUGACCUAAGGUUUUCUACCAUAUGGGUAAGAUGUGUAAGGGAUAUUUUGAGGCUUAAUGAACCUUAAAGUAGCUUGAUCAACUGUAAUACAUUCAGUUCAACACAUGCUGGGCUCCAGGAGAAGAAAAUAACCCUUAUUCCCCCAAACAACAAGCAAACAAAAACACCUCUAAAAAUAUCCAAACAGCAAAUGCUGAACAGGGGAAGGAGAACUACUGGUGCAGACUCCACUCUUUUCUUUGCUUUUCCUCUAGGUAAUUGCUAGUUGGAUUUCCAUAGCCAGAUUCAUCAGACCACUUAUUCCUAUAGAAAUACAAUGCUGAAAUGUGGGAUACCACUGGUACAUCCAGAAUUUGUCAGCUGACAUGAAGAUGUCUUAAUUAAACACUGAGCUUACAUAUUUAUUUUUUUGUCUUGGACUUGAUCCAAGUUGUGGUUUCGCUGAAAAAAAAAUUCUUUAAAAAAAAUCAGAAAGGGAAAAUCAAUGAUUUAAUGAGGAUUUGUUUCAUGGUUUUCCUUUCUCAGCAUGUAACCUUCUAGCCUUUCUCAUGGGGAAUACUGGUAGAAAAUGGAGAGAGAAGUAUGAAUGCAUUCCCAAAGUAAAAUAUAUUAGUAACUCCAUGUAUCAUUCACAUAUAUAUUUUUGAUUACCAGUAAGAGGUGUUUUAAAAAAACACAAUUAAUAAAGUUGAAGCAGUUCCUCUCCUUAAGAGGAGGUCUGCAGGGGAGAAAGGAACGAGUUUGAAGAGCUUUCUUUUGCUGCCACCUUGCGCAAAGGAUAAUCACAGCCCCUACACUCAGGUAAGGAGGAGGGGGGUCUCUGGUUGUCUUGUACCUAUGUGGAUAAACCUUGUAGAAAAUGGAAAUGGUUGGAGAGGUAGCCAAAGGUUCCUAGGGGGACAAGUUCACCCAUAACUGAUAUCACUGAGGUUUGUAUUGCUGUGGUAAUAACCAUCGCAUCAUGGACUAGGAUACUGUCACUGAACAAACAAAGCAAGAAACACAGCCCCCUUUCUGAAAAGCAAUGGUGUAGCCUAAAUAUACACUAUUCUGGUGCUUAUUUAACCAGGUAGGGUUGUGUGCCCUGAGGAGCUCCCCAAAAAUUCCAAAGAGCAAAAGGUGUAUAAAUAAAACACUCUUCACUACCAGUCCAGACUUCAGACCAGAUCAGACCAUAAUAGAGCAGACCGUCUUUGUGUUAAGUUGAUGCUUUUAUAAGUACAAACAUGCAUGUACACAUAUAUAGCAAUACAAACAUAUACAUAUGCAUAUGGAGAAUAUUUACUGUGUAUGUAUAAAUGUACUUUGAGUUGAUAACAGCUUCUGAGCUCAUCUAACAACUCUGUAACAUAAAUAUAUGUGUAUGUUUCCCUUUUUCUCUGUAAACAACAUAUAAGCUUACAAUAGUUAACUUUCAAGGAUGCCUGACAAAGAAAUCUCUUUCCACAAAAAUGCAAAGCAUGAUAAUCAAACAUUUAAUUAGUGGUUAGUGGCAGAUGAUGAAUCUUGGGUAAGAACUCAAAAUUCCAACAGCCUCAGAUCAAAACAACUUCAUUAACACUGAUAAUUUGUUAAUGCACACACUCGUGUUCAGAUUUUUCUGCUGAGUGGCAGAAGAGAUUUGUUGGCAGUGUUCCUAAGGAUUAAUUGUAAUAGCUGAACCUUGGUCACCAGCAAGGAUUUUUCAGCUAACAGUCACCUUGAGACAGUUUGGAUCUAUUGUGCCACUAAAUACAAAAAGUUUUUAACGACUUGGGUAGACCUGCUUACAUCUCCAGGUUUGGUAUCUGAACAAAUUCUGUAUUCUGCUCGAUUUUCUGAAGUUGUCGGGAGAAAUAUUGCUUCUGUGCACAAUUAAUCCACCUUGAACUCACUGUACUUUAUCAUAUUUCUCUUGGAUCAGCAAUACUGUUAGUCAUUUCAGUGUUGUCUGUUCAAGUGGAAGCACCUGGGAACAGUAAGUAGGAAAUCUGCAUGGGAAAAACAGUUUAUCAAGGCUUUCUGCAAAGAACAGGCAGAAUGUGUCUCUUCACAGGUCAGAGGAACAGGAAUGAUGAAGCAAGAAAUUAAAAAAAGACUCGUAGGAGGAAUCAAGCUGAAGACUUGGAGAACCAUGCAGGAAUGGGAGAGAAGAGACUGGUAUAGUUCUGGAUCAGAGUGGGUAAUGAUGGUAGUGUGGGGACAAUGUGCCAAGAGCUGACUGGAAGUAGGUAGAGAGACAUUGUAACUCAAGGAAAGCCAGAACUUGAACAAAAGGGUGCCUGUGGGAGGACUCUGUGUCAAGUCCAGAAAAUAUUGCAGAGCAGGGAAGAACCUAACCCAGAAGCUCACACAAGAGGACGACACAGGCAUCCUCAUCAGUCUGCUGGGACUGGGUGGCCUGUUCUCUUCUCCACUGGUGCCACCGCUGAAGAAGAGGCCAUAGUGGCAGCUAUGCAGGUGUGAAGCGCAAGCUGCUCAACCUUUGUGGGCAUAUGGUGCUUGCAGACUUAAGCAAACUACUCUGUUGCCCCAGACCUUUGACCUUGGGUGCUCUACAGCACAGUUUUCUACUGGGUAGAAGGACUGGGCUAGAUCCUUUUCUGCCCCAACUUUGUCCUGUGCAGGGUGAGUGAACUCUGAAUUGGAUAGUCUAUGUGGCCAUGGCUGUGACACAAGAGAUGAUCUCUCUGGAUAACCCUAGCAACAGGGGUAGGACAGCCUGCUGGAGGCCUCAGGCAGGUAGGGCAGAAUGGAAGGCUGGGCAUAGGAGAAGGGUGCUGCCAUGGUAAUGUCGCCUUUGCUAGAAGGGGUGGGGGUCAAGACCCUCCCACAGCUUCAGGUGCCCAAAGGGCUAGUGGACAAGACCUCUGCUUGUCAGCUAUCUGGGACUCCUGCAGAGGCAAGAGCCUGCCUCCAGCCCCGUCUUCCGCUGAGCAGUGCUGCGCUGUGCUGUGAGCUCUGCGCUGUUAGACGCAGCGUAACAUUUCUCCUUGAGCUCUGACAUGUACCAGUAAAGACCGCUUUCCACUUCAGAUAUCAACAUGAUUUCUGAGGAUUUUAAAACAAUUUAUCUGUCUGCUCUCUAUCCCUGGCAUUCUGGGCAUGAAUCUUCUCAUGAGCACAUUUUUUUUCAGCCCUCCAGGAUGUUAGAGGCAUUUUAACUAAGAGCAGCCUCCCAAGCAAUUGAAUCCUGCAGUCCCCACAGCGACUGUCUCAGAUAGAAGCAGCGCUGUACAAAAAGCCAUCCCCACCCACCUCAGUUAGAUGCCCAUCGCUUGUGGUCAGGACUGCGACACCAGCAGUCCAGACACCGGCUUCUAAUCACAAAGCACCAUUCUGCAGGGGUUACUGCUGCGUGAUGGCCUUUUCUCUGAACAGAUCUGGGAGAGGAUACUCUAGAAACCAACUUGCAUUUUUAGUUACUACAGUUAUGAGUGUUUCUUUUAGAUAAGGAAAAGCAUGACAUUUAUUUAUAAUCUUGCUUUUCUAAGUUUAGUAUGUAAUCGUUGUUAUGGUAGUCUUUCUAAUAGUUUGCUUUAAAUCUUGCAGCCUUUUGGUAUUGUGGGUAGGCUAUGAAUACUGUUAAUGCUUAAUAAGCAGUAACUGUGCUCCGAAAGGUGGGGUUCUGCAACUUAAGUUUUCUUGUUUAGAAUAGUCCUCAUAUACUGACUUGAAUCUAAUAUACUGUCAGUCAUUUUCAUCUCUUUUCAAAAGACAGAAUUUAUUCUUCUAGUGGACCUU